GAAAUGGAGACAUAAUAAACUUCUAGGCUGUGUGCGCAUGGAGUUCAAGAACGAAUGAUGGAGCAUUCAUCUGUAGUUGCUUUGAUCUGUUUCUUGUCACUCAUAGACUGUGGACACUGUCAUGAAAGUGGAAAUGUGCCCAAACUCACUCAUGACAAGGAGAACCAGUGUCUGUCCAAAGGAUCAUCUGUGACUCUUACAUGUGACACUGGUGACCCUUCCCCAGAGUGGCAGUUCCUCUGGUAUAGAGUGGUCCCCCUCAGAGAUGGUUUACCUGCUCUCACACACACUUCUGGCAGAUCUGCAUAUUCCCUGGAGCUCCUGUCAGACAGCAGCAGAGGAGCUGGAGGCUCCUACAAUCUCAACUCAACUGGCCCUGAGCACAGAGGGUUAUAUGUGUGCAGAGCAAAGAAAGAAGAGCCGGUCUAUUAUACAGGCUACAGCAACACUGUGUUUCUUUGGGUCAAUGAUCCUGAUUCUCCAGGCCGUCUGACCAUCAAUCCCAACAGCACCAGUUAUGUUGAGUCUGAGUCUCUGUCUCUUAGCUGUGCAGGAUAUGGAACUGGUUGGACUCUCCAUCGAAUCACAGAUUAUAUGGAGAUCUCCCAGUGUCCUUUCACUAGAGGAGCAUCAUCCUGGGAAAACAGCACAUGCCACAUCGGUGUUCUGUCUAAGUAUGACAGUGGAGUGUACUGGUGCCAGUCUGAGUCUGGAGAAUUCAGUAAUGGUUUCUAUAUAAAAGUUCAUGGACAUAGAAUUGAGCCCAAUCUUUUCAAAGACACAGGAGAUCAGCGUCUUCUCAAAGGAUCUUCUGUGACUUUUACAUGUGCCAUUGGUGACCCUUCCCCAGAGUGGCAGUUCCUCUGGUACAGAGUAGUUCCUUUCAGAGAUGACUUACCUGCUGACUCACACUGGUCUGGCAGAUCUACAUAUUCCCUGGAGCUCCUGUCAGACAGCAGCAGAGGAGCUGGAGGCUCCUACAGUCUGAACUUAACUGGCCCUGAGCAAAGAGGAGUCUAUGUGUGCAGAGCAAAGAAAGAAGAGCCGGUCUAUUAUACAGGCUACAGCAACACUGUGUUUCUUUGGUUCAAUGAUCCAGAUCCUGAUUCUCCAAACCAUCUGAACAUCAAUCCCAAUGGGACAAAUUUUUUUGUGUCUGAAUCUCUGUCUCUUAGCUGUGCGGGAAAUGGAACUGGUUGGACUCUCCAUCGAAUCACAGAUUUUAUAGAGAUCUCCCAGUGUCCUUUCACUAGAGGAGCAUCAUCCUGGGAAAACAGCACAUGCCACAUCGGUGUUCUGUCUCAGUAUGACAGUGGAACGUACUGGUGCCAGUCUGAGUCUGGAGAAUUCAGUAAUGUUGUCUUUAUAAAGGUUCAUGAUGUUAGGGUAUAUAUAACAAGUGAAUCUGGCAAAUGGAUGGUUGAAGGAAUGCUACUUGAAAAAGAAGGCUUAGCUAAUUUGCGCUUUGUUGGAAGUGGACAUGCAUCUGGCGCCUGGACAAUUGAAGGAAAACAGUUUGAAAAAGGAGACUUUGUUAAGUUGCGCUGUAUGGUGGAAAAGUCUUCAGUAGACAGGAUCCUCUGGUACAGAGUUGUUCCGUUCAGAGAUGAGCUUUCAGAGAUGCCACACUGGAACGGUGAUACAAGAUACUCUCUGGAGCUCGUUUCAGACGGUAGGAAAGAACUACUACAUGACGACUACUACAUCCUCAACCCUGCUGCUCCUGACCACUCAGGUCUCUACGUGUGCCGAGCAGAGAGGGGAGAGCCUGCCUACUACACCUACAGCUCCCCUAUGUUGAUCUGGAUUAAAGACUCUUCUCCAGGUUUCCUAAACCUCAGUCCCAACAGGACACAAUUCUACAAAAAUGAGUCUGUGUCAUUCAACUGUGAGGUGCCAGGCAAUGCAAGUGGUUGGAUCUUGAGAAAAUACAGGAACAAUGUAGAUUCAGUGGAGAUUGAGACUCUGGGAAAGGCUACAUUCAACAUCAAAUCCCUCAACAUCUCUCAUAGUGGAAACUACUGGUGCCAGUCUGAAUCAGGAGAGUUUAGUAAUAUUGUUUACGUGAGAAUACACACAGAUAGACCACGUCCAUUUGUGUACGAUGCUCCAGAGGGUUGGCUGACUGCAGGAGAUUCUGUGUCUUUGCGCUGCAGUCUAGGCCAGUACACCUCAACCUCUGACCCAAGGUGGAGAAUCCUCUGGUACAAAAUUGUUCUUUACAGAGAAGAGCUGCCCACUUUUACAGACAAAGAGAGCAGCUCUAAAUACUCCCUGGAGCUCCUCCCAGACAGCAGUGGAGAUGGAGGCUCCUACACCCUCAACUCAGUUGGCCCUGAGCACUCUGGUGUCUAUGUGUGCAGAGAAGAGAGAGAGCAACCUGUUGAUCACACAGAAUAUAGUACACCUAAACUUCUCUGGGUUAUAGAUCCUUCCCCUAAAGCUGCUCUGACCAUCAAUUCCAACAGAACGCAGUAUUUUCAGUCAGAGUCCCUCUCACUGAGCUGUGUGGCGCAGGACAAUGCCAGUGGCUGGAGUCUGAGGCGAUUCACAUUUUAUUACCCUUCCUCUCUCUCAGGAUGUCCUUUCAACAACACAGUGACUAGGGAUCAGUCCACGUGUAACAUCAGCUCACUUGAUGUGGCAGACAGUGGAGUGUACUGGUGUCAGUCUGAAUCUGGACAGUAUAGUAACGCUGUCAAGAUAUCAGUGAAUCACAAUCCUAGACCAACGUUAGAUGUAUCUCCAACCUGGCCAGCUAAAGGAGAUACUGUGACUCUGAAGUGUGAUGUGUCAGGAUCCUCAUCUGGCUGGAGAUUCCACUUUUACAGAGUCAUUGUUCCAAUUGAGGAAGUUCUCCCUUCAGAAGAUACCAACUUCUAUUCACAUGAGCUGAAAUUAUCAGAAAACUCUACUGAGCUCCUCUCAGACAGCAGCAGAGAGGCUGGAGGCUCCUACACCCUCAGCACUGUGGGUCCUGAACACACAGGGUUCUAUGUGUGCCGAGCACAGAGACCAAAUUCAUUCUCUUACACCCCUUACAGCAACCUUAGGCAUCUGUGGGUAAAAGAUCCUUCUCCUCCAGCUUCUCUGGGUAUCUAUCCAAACAAGUCAGAUUACUUUUCAUCUGAGUCUGUCUCACUGACCUGUGAAGUGAAGGGCAAUUCCAGUGGUUGGACUUUGAGACGGUUCACAAACAACAACAAUCAUGUGCUGACAGCAUCACACUGUGCUUUCAAGCAUGGAGCAGUUACUUGGGAUGAGAGGCCAUGUCAUCUAAGAUCAUUAAGGACUGUAGAUAGUGGACUUUACUGGUGUCAGUCUGAAUCUGGGGAGUACAGCAAUGCUGUCAAUAUAUCGGUACAUGUUCAAAACCCAACUACAUUUCUACGAGUCUAUCCAAACCACUGGGUUAUGGAAGGAACUUCAGUGACAAUGACUUGUGGGGUUUAUCCAUCACAGUUAUCCAUAGACUGGAAAUUCUACUGGUACAGAGUUGUUCCCCCUGGAGAAGGCAUCCCUGUUAAAUCUGACAGAUCCGGUCAUGUGAAGACGUUCUCUGUACAGCUCCUCACGAACAGUGAUAGUGGAUCUACAGAGUCCUACAAUCUGAGCUCAGUUGGUCCACAACAUUCUGGAAUAUAUAUGUGCCAAGGAGAAAGAGGAGAUUAUUACACUGGGUACGGCAGGCCCCAUCUAGUGUGGGUUACAAGUCCUUCACCCUCUAGUUGGCUAAGGGUCAGUCCCAACAGAACUAACUUCCUUCAAUCUCAGUCUCUGUCACUGAGCUGUAAGGGGCUUGGGAACCCAGCUGAGUGGACAGUGAGGCGGUACACAUCUGGAGAGCUUUCAGACUGUCCUUUUAACUCAAGAUCAGGCAAUUGGGCCGAGUCCACGUGCAACAUCAGCUCUCUAGACACUUAUGACAGUGGUGUGUACUGGUGCCAGUCUACAUCUGGAGAGCUCAGUAAUGCUGUCAACAUAACAGUUCACAUACCAGAAACUGUUUAUUCAUACAUCUCAGUCAGCCCAGAUCACUGGGUGACUGAAGGAUCUGCAGUGACUUUAAGCUGUUCAGUUGGAGCCCCCUUUCCUGGCGUGAGGUUUCACUGGUACAAAGCUGUUCCAGUGAGUGAAGGUUUACCUCUGGUCAGCAAUCGUGGUCGAUUCCGUGAGGCUAAAUACUCUGUGGAGCUGCUGUCAGACAGCAGCAGAGGAGCUGGAGGCUCCUACACUCUCAGUUCCUCUGCUCCAGAACACUCAGGCCUCUACGUCUGCAGAGCCGAGAUAGAAGAGCUGGCCGCUUACGCUGAGUACAGCCAUCCUGUGCUCCUUACAGUAACCGGUCCCUCUCCCUCUGUCUGGCUUGAUGUCAUUCCCAGCAGAUCCCAGCAUUUUGUAUCUGAGCCUCUCACUCUGGCCUGCAAAGCACAGGAUGCUGCAACGGUUUGGUCAGUGAGACGAUUCACUUUAUCAAAGGAGCUGUCAGACUGCCCCUUUGAUAAGAAAUCACAGAUGUUGGAUCCAUCCACAUGUAACAUCAGCUCUUUAACUCUGUCAGCCAGUGGGGUGUACUGGUGCCAGUCUGAAUCUGGGAAACGCAGCAAUGCUGUCAACAUAACCGUGCACAGUGGCAAUGUGAUACUGGAAAGUCCAGUGCAUCCCUUGAAAGAAGGAGAGAAAUUAACACUCCGCUGUUUAGGCCGAAAAAGUGUCAAAUCAAACCUCAGUGCCACAUUCUAUAAGGAUGGAUUACAUGUGGCGAACCAAACCUCUGGAACAUUCAUGCUACCAAACAUCUCUAAGAAAGACGAGGGGUCCUAUCUUUGUGAGAUCGAAGAGAAAUGGGAAAGAAGGUCACCCGGAAGCUGGGUCUCAGUCAACUCAGUUGCACGUGAUGAACGCAGAAGACCCUGUAAAAGGCUGAAAACAACGUACCAAAGAUCUAAAGACAUACUGUAAUGUUCUGAUUUCGUACUAGCUAAUGGUUCUGAAUGUUGAAUCUUAAACUGUUUGGGUGUAGUGAUAAUUAUUUCUUUUAGAAACAUAAAAUAUGAACAGCUGAUCACAGCUGAUCAAAUCCUGACUAUAUCCCUAAGCAUUUGAUCUGACCUCAACCUCAUCAACAUCAAGAUUCAUCUGCUGUUUUUUGAUAAGUGUUCUGUGUUGUAUUAGGACCUAAUAAUUAGGUGAUGGAUAUCUUUUACCUUUGUUAAACAUUAUUCUUCAGAUUGCGUUUGUGUGAGUUUAGGAGUGCACAUUGUAGUGAGUUCAGGGGUGCACAUUGUAGUAUACAGUGUUUUACUGAGUGUCUAUUGCUUUUGUAUUAUAAUAUUUUCAAUGAACACAAUCAAAGUUUUUUUAAAACUGCUUUUCAACCUG